AUGAAGGGAGAUGGAAAUAAAUUUAAACUGACAACCCUUAAUCCAACGCUGAUCGUCGGUCCACCACUGAUUGAUGAUGAUCAAGGAACGAGUAUUACGUUGAUUCGACGAUUUUUGAAUCCUUGGGAGAUGCCCGGUGUGCCGGGAGUCUCCCUGGCGUUGGUUGAUGUGAGAGAUGUGGCAAGGGUGCCUUUGAUCCAAGUUCCCUAUGCUGUCGUUUACAUUUUCUCAUUCUUCGACGCGCAAGCUGCCUCCGUUUUGCAUAGAAUUGGACCAGAAGUGAAAUUUUCCAACAAGAAGGCAAAACGCUUGCUCGGUUUGGAGUUUCGCGAUCCAGCUGAGUCGAUCGUCGAGAUGACUUAUCAUUUGAUUGAACGUGGAAUAAUCAAGAAGAAAUCCGGAUAUACGGGAAUGCCGGACAAAUACAAAAUGGCUUUG